UCCGCUUGACUAUAACGUAGCUGCAUUUCUUGUAUGUCAUACAAUUUAGUUCAUCAUAACAAUACCGCACCUUCAUUGUAUCUAUGUCAUUAGAGUGACGUCUCCCAUCCCUCUCUUUCAUCAUCCAGCAUCUCUAUUGCUCUCGCGCAUCCGUUCACCGCGACGCUCACCGUCCCGACGCUGCGAAGCGUCAGUCCACUGUGGGCAUUGCUGAGAGCGCGUCACUCGUCCUACACCACGGAUCACUUCUCACGCACCAACCAACACUUUACCUUCGUACCUCCCAGCCUUACCUUGACGACCAAAUUGACCUCUAGUACCACCUCGAUCCUUGUCACCCUUCGGAGACUCGUGUCGUCCGGGUCAAUCGGACUUUGUUGCCGGUGCUCUGCUCACGUGCGGAUCGCCGCGCUCAUUGGCCGGUUCCCCUAGCUAUCUCGUUAAGUUCUAUCACGACUGCGACUACUCUGCAUCAAUUGAUCACCAACUCGUCGUCGAUUCGUCACAAACGGCGGCCUUGCUAAUUUUGUCUCCUUUAUAAGGU